AUGAGGACUAGAUUCACAGAAACUCAAGACAUGUUCUGGGGGUUUUUGCCAAUGUAUAACCAGCAGGUGAUCACUGGAGGUCAUUAUGAUGUUGACUGUCGGUUGGAAGAUCCUGAUGGCAUUGUAUUAUACAAAGAGAUGAAGAAACAAUAUGAUAGCUUCACGUUUACUGCAUCCAGAAACGGAACAUACAAAUUCUGCUUCAGCAAUGAAUUCUCUACUUUCACACACAAAACUGUGUACUUUGAUUUCCAGGUUGGAGAAGAUCCACCACUGUUCCCUAGUGAGAACAGAGUAACUGCACUUACCCAGAUGGAGUCUGCAUGUGUUUCAAUUCAUGAAGCUUUGAAGUCUGUCAUCGAUUAUCAGACUCACUUCCGCUUGAGGGAAGCGCAGGGCCGCAGCAGAGCAGAGGAUUUAAACACAAGGGUGGCCUACUGGUCAAUAGGGGAAGCAAUCAUUCUUCUUGUCGUUAGUAUCGGGCAGGUCUUUCUCCUCAAAAGCUUCUUCUCGGAUAAAAGAACCACAACAACCCGUGUUGGAUCAUAACUGGUAGUGGUAAUGCUUCAGGUCAUUGUGUGUACUCAUCUGUAAAAAAUAACUGUUCUCCAAUUAAUUGUAAGUGCAAAGGAUCUGAAUAUAUGCAACAUUCAAAUGUGUCUACCCCAUAUCGUAUUAAAAAAUCACAAAACAAACCCAAAAAGUUAUGAAAGGGAAACAGGAUUUGAAAUAUUCUAAAAAUACUUCAGAACUUGAGUGCUUUCCGAUUCCUGUAUUAAAUAUCUGGCAGUGACCAGCCUCUUUAUUUCUACUGAUUGUAAUCCAAACUGAGUUUGAUUUUUACCAGUAAGAUUAGCCAUCUGCAGUAUAACACUUUAAAAUAGCCCAACAGUCUAGUGUCUGACAUGAGACAAUAUAUAUAAAAAUUUUAUUUGAUUUUUGUUUUCAGGCUGAAUGUAUUUGAUUAUAAAACCAAAUGUGAUGAACUGCAGUGCAUUCUUUUGAUUUGCUGUUAAAAAAAAUAAUCCAAUGGUACCCCUUGCUUAUUUGUAAAAUUGUUGCAAGCUUGACACUACAUCAUGGUGCAAAUUCUUCAUCAGCCUGGUAAGUCUCCAUCUUCAAAACUUACUAAAUUUUAUACUUGAGUAUGUUUGCUUAAACGUACAUUCUUCUAUAUUAAAAUAAACCCAUUUCUUCUUUGACAAUGUUUGUUUUCCUGAAGAAAUUGUAAGCUGAGACUACUCAGGAAAUCCACUUUCUAUAUUAAAAAAUCCAAAUCUCCAACGUUAUUUAAAAAACAUGCAAUAAAAUAGGGAGUCUUGUAACUUUGUCACUGAAACUGUAUAGUUUCUGCACUCAUAUAUGCUGCUGCUUUUUGGAUUUAAGACGAGAAGUAGCUUGGUUUGUUAAGCAGCACAGCACCAGCACUGGAUGAGGUUGUAUUAUGUGUUAGGCACAUACAAAGCGUUUUACUAAAUUGUUUUCCUAUUAAGAGGCCAAUUUGAUAUUGAUACUGCAUUGCACAAGUGCUGUAAAUUUUACUUUCCUGUGUGUGGUGCACUGAUACAUGAUGGCCUUGUGCAUCUAAUUGCCACUCUUUUUUGUUAGUGGUCAGGAAGUGUUUUAAGUAUUUCAGGUUAUCUUUUUGGUAGAGUUAUAGUUACAUUGUUUCCACUGCUCAUGUCUUUAAUAGCUUAUGUACUGUAAAGUCUUGGUUUAUUUGGAUAUGGAAGGUAGUAAAUGUAUGUACAUACAAGUAGCUUGAAUUGAGCUGGUCAUAAUAAGGCUAAACUCUUUCAAUUGGCUCUGGAGAAAUAUGUAGACUGACCAGUUCUUUCUUAAGUGCACACAAGAUAAACUAAGGUGAAAAAUUUUGUUGUAUAUUACUGGCUAAUUCAAAAGAUGCUUCUUAAGUUCUCAGCAAGCAGAGAAAGAAUGCUAAACCUUUAAUAAUUGCCUGUAUUUUUUCUAGCAAAAAUUUGAAAUUGCAUGUACAGGUAACACUUGAGCAGUCUGAAGAAUUGAUCUGAGAUUGCUUGAUUUUAAAGUCUUCUGAUGGCC